AUGGUGAAAGGACGUCAAGGUGAGCGUGUUAGGCUUUAUGUGAGGGGCACAAUUCUUGGAUACAAGAGAUCCAAAUUAAACCAGUACCCAAACACAUCUCUGGUCCAAAUCGAAGGAGUUAACACCAAGGAGGAGGUAGCUUGGUAUGCCGGCAAGCGAUUGGCAUAUAUCUACAAGGCCAAGGUGAAGAAGAAUGGAACCCAUUACCGCUGCCUAUGGGGAAAGGUUACAAGGCCACACGGAAACAAUGGUAUUGUUCGUUCCAAAUUCACAUCAAAUCUUCCUCCCAAAUCAAUGGGAUCAAGGAUAAGAGUAUUUAUGUAUCCCAGGUUUUCAACUCACCACCGAUUCACGCUCCUUCAUCAUCUGCUUAUCCAAUCCGCAGCUUUUCUGCCUCCAAGACCACCAAACAGAACUGUAACACCUCCACACUUCUAUAUCCGCACUACCGGCUACUCCACAACCACCAACCAGACAGUUUCUCGUCAACCAACAAUCGCGCACCUCUCAACAACUGCACCGCACCUAACUCACCAAUCUGACCAUCAAUUCAUCCGCACCAAGCCUCCACUACCCGACACCGCCAGAUCCACGACACCAUCCUCUGACCAUACGCUUUGCCACGGUUUCAGUCGUUCUCUUCUCAUACACACUAUUUGUGUGACUUGA